AUGAUUCGAAAUUUUAUAAAAAAAGCUGAUCUUCUUGUUGAUCCAUAUGAAUUUAAUAUAUCACAAAAAGAGAAAUCUUUAACUCCAAUAGGAGGAUUCAUUAGUAUUCUCCUCUUAGUUUUCACAUCCUUUUACAUUGUUGGAGUAUUCCAAAGAAGUAUUCAAAAUUAGAACACUAUUUAUGCAGGAACAGAAAGUGACAAAAGCAAUGAAUUUGUGUUGAGUAAUGAAAAUACAAUAUUUUCUAUGGAAUUAUCCACUUUAGAUGGAAAAAUCUUGAGCAAUAAUACAAAUGUCAAAGACUAUUUUACAUUAAGUGCCUAGUAUAUUCAAUAACAAAGAGUUGAAGGAAAAAUGGGAUUCACAAGAAAUUUCAGUUCAUUAAACUAAUCUAAAUGUUCUAUGGAAAAAAUUGAGUAAUUUAAUUUUAACUCUGCAUCAAUGACUGAAGAGUAAAAAGAGAAUUUAAUAUGUUUCGAUGGAGAUUUCACAUUAUAAGGACAAUUUUAUGAACCAUAUUUUGCUUAUAUCAAAUUAACUCUCAGUGUAUGCAACAAUUCCACUAGUCAUACAUGCAAAACUUCUAAAGAGAUUGAAGAUUUUAUCAAUAAAGGGGUUAAUGUGGAUAUGUUUAUAAAAGGAUCAAAAAUUAAACAAUCAUUGAAUUAUUCAAGUCCUGCUGAAGUUUUUUCGACUAAUAUAUUUUGGAGAUUAACAACUGGUAUUGGUGACAAUGAAGAUAUUUAUAUGUAACCAAUAUAAAUGGAUUUAAAGAAGAUUCAAUUUUUUAGCGAUAUUUUUAAUAUUGAUAAUACUGAAAGAUUAUAUAAUGGAUCAGUUGUUCAAAGAUAAGAGAGGAGACAAGAGCCUAUUUCAAUUUCUUCAGGAGUUGGAUUGUGUACUUUUUAUUUAAGAGCUUCAUCUGACACUUCAUUUUAUUUUGUUAUUCAAUAGGACUUACCCUCAGUUAUUUUAUCAGCAGUAUCAGAAGCUACAGCUUUAUGUUUAGCUGUGAUGCAGAUCAUCAAAAUCUUCUAUAAAGUAUACAAUCAACAUAAGACUUUUGAAAUAUUAAUGAAUUCUGUUUUUAAAUUUGAUUUAAAGAGUGUUCAGAAAAGGAAAUUGUCAUACGUUAACUAAUCAUAAACACCAGGGAAAAUGUAGGCUUCAGCAAAGAAUUCAAAGAAAUUAUUACAAUAAAUCUUUGAUUAUACAAUUAAUUACUCAUUUUAUUAAUAUGUACUUUACAUUAUUAGAAAAUACUUCAAAAGCUGUAAAAAGAAUAUUGAAGACGAAAAGGAAUUAGUGAUAUCAUAAAUAGCUAAAUCAAAGAUUGAAUUCGAUUUAGAUUUAACCAACAUUUUAAAGAAGUUAUAUGAGAUUGAUUGUUUAAAGUUGUUUUUGUUUGAUGAUGAUUAGCUUAUGCUUUUCAAUACAUUUUGUUCUCCUGUCUUUUAAGAUUAAAUGACUGAUUAAAAGGAAUUAUUUGAUAUAUUAACUGCAAGUAAUAAAUAGAUCAAAUCAAUAAAUCAACUACAAUAACAAUAAAAUAAUUAGAGUCAUAUAGAUAAUAAUUAAAAUAUCAUUAGAUAUGCAGCUACAUCAACAAUACCUAUCAAUGUUAGAUUAGCUAAACUUACAAGGUUUUUUAAAGCUUAACUUGGAGCAGAAAAUGCUUAAGAUUUAGUUGACAAUUUUUAGAAGAUCAAUGAAAACAAGAAUAAAAAUUGGUAAUUGAACAACCAAUUAUUACAAUUCGCAAUGUAGAAUAAAAGCUUGUUUAACCUUGUUUAAUAAAAUUAUACAACUAUUUUACAAUAAUAAAAUGAAGAUGAACAAAGAAUCUUAGAAGAUCAAAUAAGAUUAGAUGUGCCUAAUGAACUAGAUGAUAGAAAGAUUUCUGAAGCUAUGGGUAGUAAGGAAUCAGUGUAAAGUUUAAAGGAUCUAGAGAUUCAUCAAUCUCCAGAUUGUUUAUAAAAUAGACUGUAAUAAAGUUGA